AUGACUCCUCUCCGCUUCCUGGCCAGGGCAUCGCCCCGGACUGUCGCUUUCGCUCGUCCCUUUUCCACCAACUUCGUCUCGCGCUUCCCUUACAAAGACUCGCAAGAUCGCGAGUCCCUCCGCCCUCGUGCGCAGGAAGGCUCGCGCUCGACCUCAGACGAUGAUGUGGCCAAUAACCCGGACGCGGCAUUCAACCCACACAAGACCCGUCCCGAGACAGAGAUGAAGGCCGCCGAGGAGAGUCGCGGCGAUGGCGCGAGCCCGCUGGAAGCAAGUGGUGCGAACCAGUCAUUCAACAAGCCGAGGGGAGACGAGAAGAGCCCGCAUGAUCGAGGGCUGGGCAAGGAGCCCUUCAUCGACGUCCAGUGCGGCCUCGGCGAGGGACCGUACUGGGAGCGUCAAGCGAAUGUCCUCCGCUUUGUGGACAUUGUGUCGGGGGAUGUGUACCGCGUGAACCUUUCCGAGGGACCUUCAUCGCUGCGCAAGUUCAAAUACGACCAGAUUGUAACGGUCACAGCCGAUAUCGAGGGACAACCCGACUCCUUCAUCUUUGGCGGAAAGACCGGUGUGGGCAUUGCAAAAAAGGACAGCAGCGAUUCGCGCAUAAUCACCGAGUUUUGGAGUGAUGAGGAGAAGAUUGAUGGCAAGAACGAGAGAAUGAGGGCCAAUGAUGGUGGCGUCGACGACCAAGGCCGGUUUUGGGUGGGCACCAUGUGUGAUCCCGAGGUGACGGAGGUGAAGGCGAUGGGUGCCAUUUUCAGAAUUGACCUCGAUGGCAAACUGAACCGGAUCCUCAGUGGGCUCACCUGCCCCAACGGCAUGAGCUGGUCAAAGGAUGGCAAGCACAUGCACGUCACGGACACGCCCACCAAGGCCAUCCACAAGUACGACUUUGACCAGGUGUCCGGCUCACUGAGAAAUAAGAGCACUCUCUACGACAUCAAACACGAGGGGGCAAUGGGCGCUGACGGGCACGCCCUCGAUGAGGAGGACAACAUCUGGGCAGCACUGUGGGGGACUGGGAAGGUUGUGAGAAUCAACCCUCAAGGCGAGGUCACUGCGGAGGUCAAGGUACCCGUCCGAACUCCAACAGCUGUCGCGUUUUGUGGCGAAGACAUCUACAUCACCAGUGAGAAGGAGCCUGAGCCAGACAAGUAUCCCGAUUCUGCAAAAUGGUCUGGCAUGGUGUUCAAGUGUUACGUUGGGGUCAAGAGACGGGAGCUUCCACUGUGCAAGGUCAAAGCAUGA